CGUUGCUGAGGCAGCGCGCUUGCAAACCUGCUUUUGACCCGCGCGGGCGCCGCCUUUAGAGCUCCCUGUUUCGGCUGGACCUGCAUGGUUGGAGCUGCAGCACGGCUACUUGAAGAUGCAGCGACGGGGGCGGGUGCGUGCUUUCACUCUGCACGGAUUAUCAAAUAACAAGCGCCGUUACGGUAUUCUGCGGCUGCCGGAGGGUGCCGCACCAGCAACGGGCGCAAAUGUGGCGCCUGCAGAAGCCAAGCCCCCGGACGCGUACUGCCUGACAGCGGUGCUGGAAUCUCUGGCGGUCUCUAGUAAGGACGCUGCGCAGCUGUUCAAACUUCUCGCCGACAUAGGUGGCCAGCCUAUUGCGCAAGGCGGCCAAGGGACCGUGUGGAGGGUGGCGGUGCGGCGUUGGCUGGACCUCGCGUCCAACCUGGUGCUGCCGCCGGACAACUGGCGCAAGCCGGCCACCGUGGGGACGCGGAAGCAGCAGCAGGAGCUCCAGAACCGCACCGUGGAUGCGGUGCUCAAGUACGUGUACGUCGAAUUCUCUGAUGAAUCUGGUUGCUUGGGCGUCGUCGGCCUGAUGGACCUGCUCCGGAACUCGUUCAUCCGGGGCACGUGCUCGCGUGGCAUCAUGCGCCAUUUCGUGCUGCCGGUGCUGCACGUCAGCUACACGCCGUUGGCCAAGGGACCAGGUGGCACGGGCCCGGCGCAAGGGGCUGACGAGCACGAGUACAAGGGCGCGGGCAAGGACAAGGGCGCGGGCGGCGCCGCGGGCAAGUACACCGACUACCACGGCGUGGUGGCCACCGAGGUCAGUCCGCUCAUGGAGAUGUCCCUGGACACAUGGAUCCAGGAGCUGGUCGAGGAGUUGUACGGGCCCGAGUGCGGCUCGUACAAGGAGCACCUGGCGCACCUCGACGCCUACCGCCAGCUACCCGGGCUGAAGGCGGACCUGCUGACCGAGGUCAUGCGGGUCUGCACACACCUGCUCGACAUCGCAAUGGCCAUGGACUGCGCCGGCGUGAUUCACCGCGACCUCAAGCCUGAGAACCUGCUGGUCAAGGGUGGCAAGCACCUGGAGCUCCUGGUUGCAGACCUCGGAAUGGCCCGAAUCGCGGUCAAGAACCGGGCUCAGUACACCAAGGCGGCGAUGGGCACCGACGGCUUCAACCACCUGCUGCGGCUGCUGCCGGAGGAGGUGUUCGGCAAGGGCGCCUACCGCAUCGCGGACAUGCAGAUGGAGGUGCACUCCUGGGGCGAGGUGAUGUGCAGCGUCUUCCUCAACGGCAAGCUGCUGCAGCGGCUCCCGAUGGCCCUGGGCGCGGCCUGGACCCGCUUCCACUACAGCUUCUUCACCAGCGAGCGCGUCCUGCCCUGUGACGUGGCGGUGAUGAACGGUGACGCGCCCAUGGCCGUGAUGGGCAUCAUACACUGCUUCAAGCUGUGGUUGGAGGGCGGUCAGAGCGCCGACCUGGCGCAGAUGGUGCUGCGGCUGUCGCAAGCGCAGCUGGCGGACGCGCUUGAGGACGGCCCGCUGCCCAAGGCAGACGUGGGCCGCACCACGAAGCGCAUGGUGGAGAAGCUCAGCGAGUACGCGCAGUGGCUUGAGGACGUCGCGGCGGCGGAGAAGAUCGCCGGUGUAGGUGCUGGUGGCGGCGCAGCGGCGCAGCCGGCCAUGGGCGGGGCCGAGUUGGACACGUCGGACGCUUGCGAUCGGCAGGGGUGGUCAGACCUGACCAUGCAGGUUCGCCGCAACAUUGGGUUCUUGGAGAUCCGGCGGAAGCAGCUGGCGGGCGGAUGGCAGGGCCGCCUGGGCCGCAUCACGCAGCAGGUAAUUGCGCGGCUACGGCAGGCUGCAGAGCUGCACGGCAACGGCACGUUCACCUGGGUCUCCGUGGAUGUGUACGCGGAAGUGUACCCCGACGCCGCUGUCGGCAGCUCCAGCGGGCACGGCGGCGCUGCGACGUCCAGCCGCUCCGACAAUCCCUCAGCUGCCAGCGCAGCCGCCGCUGGUGCCGCCAUCGGCGGCGCUGCGUCGCUCGUGCCAGACCACACCGGCGACGUCGGGGCGGUGCAGCUGGCGGUAAAGCUGUACACUGACGCCGCCGCAUGGUUCGCCAAGGCCGUGGCGUUGCGGCACGCGCUGAAUGAGCAGGACCAGGAUGCGAUGCAGAUGCAGGCGGAAGUGGAGAGCUGGUCGUGCGAGGAGAUGGCAGCGAUGGAGGCGCAGCUGACAGCGGAUGCACUGAAGCAGGCGAAGUAUCGCUGCCUGAACGUGGCGGCAAAGCUCGUGGAGUCCAUCUUUGACAGCCAACUGGCCCUAGACCACGGCGACGAGCUCUCCGUGCUUGACCUCGUGCUGGGUGGCCUCAGCGGCGCAGAGGUGAAGGCGGCUGCCCGCAAAGCUGCAUUUGAGUCGGCGGCGCCGUCCACCGCCAGCAACGCCAAGGCGAGCUCGGCGGUGCUGCCGGGGCCUUCAGCCGUCGGCAUGGGGGCGCUGCGGCCGCCGGCGCCACAGCCGGCGGCGCCGUCCACCGCCGGCAACGCCAGGGCGGGCUCGGCGGUGCUGCCGGGGCCUUCAGCCGUCGGCAUGGGGGCGCUGCGGCCGCCGGCGCAGGGGUGGGCAGCGCCGUCCACUGCCGGCAACGCCAGGGCGGGCUCGGCGGUGCUGCCGGGGCCUUCAGCCGUCGGCAUGGGGGCGCUGCGGCCGCCGGCGCCACAGCCGGCGGCGCCGUCCACCGCCGGCAACGCCAGGGCGGGCUCGGCGGUGCUGCCGGGGCCUUCAGCCGUCGGCAUGGGGGCGCGGCGGCCGCCGGCGCCGGGGUGGGCGGCGCCGUCCACCGCCGGCAACGCCAGGGCGGGCUCGGCGGUGCUACCGGCGGCCGUGGCCGCGGCCAUGGCGUUGGCUGGUGUGAUCGAAGCUGCGCUCGGCCUCGAGCCCAAGCUGAUCUGGCGGGACUUACAGCUGCCGCUCCACGCGCUCAAGGGCGGCCCCGGCAGCGACCUGCUGUACGCGGGCGUGGCCCUCGCUCACAGGGACCGCCUCGCCAAGCUGCCCAACAAAAGGGAGAUCCGUGGCCUCAUGGAGUGCAACCUCAUCACGCAGGAAGAAAUUGCCUAUAUCCUGCGCUGGCGCAACUUGCCGGUAGUGCUGCACGAGGCGGCCCGUGAGAGCGAGCCGGAGGUGCAGCUCGCGCCCUCAGUGGUGAAGGACAUGGACGCAGUGCUAGACCGCCUGGUCGCGCUCCAGAGCGCCGACUUUGACGCGGCCCAGCGGGAUCAGCUGGUGAACCUGGUCAAGGUGUCCAUGCUCACAGACGUGGGCGGCACUAUGACCAAAGCCAAGCAGAUGGAGCUGGGCCACUAUCUGCUAUGCCAGCUGCCGGAGAUUGCCAGCUUCACUAACCUCGCGGCGCUGUUGCCGCAGCGAAUGGUGGCUGCCCUUCAGCAGCACCCGUUGGUGCCCAAGCGGUCCCAUCGCGACGUGGCUAUUGGCCUGCAGGAGCGCAGCCGGCGGCGCGCGCUCACCACGCAGCGGUCAGCUGAGGACGCGGGCAUCGCGGUGCCGGCCGUUCCCAAUGCAACGGCGCCGGGCGCCGCCGUCACUGCCGGACCCGGCGGUGCCGCCGCCGCUGCCAGUCCAGUUGCGAUGUUGGAGAAUGCCGUGCCCGCCGGGCCCUGGCACGGCACGGCGGCGGGCGCCGGGGACUUGCCCCUGGAGGACAUUGCGCGGCUGCCGACGACGGGGGCGGGGCUGUUGCCGGAGGACUUGCUGGUCUCCAUGAUGCAGGGGAUGCGACUCAACAAGGAGUCGGGGCGUUCCGGAGGCACCGUGUACUACAGCUGCACCAGCGCAAGCGGCAGCGCAAGCGCAAGCGGCAGCGCAAGCGCAAGCGGCAGCGCAAGCGCAAGCGGCAGCGCAAGCGCAAGCGGCCGCGCUAGCGCAAGCGGCAGCGCUAGCGCAAGCGGCCGCGCUAGCGCAAGCGGCAGCGCAAGCGCCGAUUGCGACACCAGCGCCAGCGCAAGCGGCAGCGGCAGCGCUAGCGCCGGUGCGGGCGCCGGCACCAGCGCAAGCACUGGUACCCGCAGCGCCAGCACCAGCGCCAGCGCCAGCGCCAGCGGUACCAGAGCAGUUGACCGGACCAAGGAGAAGGGGCUGGCUAGUGAGCUGCUGGCAGCGUACUUCACGGCGGCAGACAAUGGCGUGGCGGGGGCGUCCGGCAGGCCGCGGCCCGCAGGCACAGUCCUGAUGGAGAUGCUGCAGGCUUUUGAGGCGGAGUACGCUCAGUGCGACACGCCGCCAGGCCUGCUGCAGCCCCAGAUCCUGCCAUCUCUGCAGGCGGACCGCGAGCGGCUGCUGACGAAACCGUCGUCGGUGGUCCUUGAGGCACUCGCGAGCGCCGAGGCUUUGCGGGCGGAGGUUCACGCCGAGUCGGAGUCCGCACCGGAGCUGGACCUGGGCUCACUGCUGGAGCGGGAGGCGGAUUGGCAGCAGAGUGCGGCGGAGGCGUGGAUGGCGAGGCGGCUGCCGCAGCAGAACCAGUACCAGCUGCCGCUGCAGGACGCGGCGGCCGAAGACACGGAGAUGGAGGACGUGAUGGAGCCGCGCAACAAGAAGGCGCGCACCGUGGAGGCGCGCGUGGCGGAGGCGGGCGCGGCGGAGGCGCCUGCAGAGGAGGGCGAGAACAGCGAGCCUUGCCUAGCGGGGGAGGGGGAGGGGUCGGAGUCGCGGCAUGAGCCGCGAAAAGGGCAGUAGCAGCGGCUGCAUAGACGGGGACAUGCAUGGGCAUUCGGGAUCGUGCAUUCGGGGCUGCUACAAUACGCCAUAGUCGGGUGUGGGUGUUAAGAUUACGGGGUGAUGGUAGUGUUCGUGGGUUUUGGGGCAUUGCAUCGAGACGUGAACCCAUGAGAGACGGCAAUGGUGCCUGAUGGUACGGUAACGGGUCUUGUAUCGGUGCCGGCAACCCAGGCACCCAGGGCGGCUGUGGAGCAACAGCACCGGCUAGUCAGGCCCGCCGCCGCGCACUGUACAACGGCCCCGGAUGAAGAGGCAUCAGCGUGCUCACGUGUGGCCCAGGGCUGCGCCCCAGCAUGCGGCACAUUGACCGCUGCUGCUGGCAGUGGACGGUCGCGCACUGCCAUUCGUACGGUGUGGCGGUGCCAUCGCCGGCCGGGGCAGGGGCGUCGCUAUCAGCAGCGCAUGCGCGCAGCAGCGCAUGCGCGCAGCAGCGCCUACUAUGUUAAGAGGACGUAGGCGUCCAUGGAACUUCCCGGGAUGCUAGCAUGGUCAGGUGGUCCGUGUGUCGCCGUGCGGAGUUCACGGGUUGCCGCGUUCGUGUGGCGGGGUCUGUUUGCUGGGGAUUUGUGCUGAACUUGCGGGUGUAUGUCAGUGACCGGACUGCAGGAUCUGGUGUCAAUAAGCGUGCGGCAAAGGAACGGGUACAUGCGAACCAGGGGAGGUGCGAACAGCUCGGCCGCUGGUUAUGCGUGGACAAGGUGGUGGGUGAGCCCGCAGGGUGAUGACGCCUGGUUCGCGGAGGGCACAGGUGUAUCAACGAGGACGGCAAUUCUCGUUUGCAAUUAAAUGAUGCCGAGCUGGGCCUCGGCAAAUUCAAGGUCUGUCCCGGCAUAUCCUCAGUCCUGGCGGCCCUCGGCGCCGACGGCUUCUAAUCACAUGCUGGUUCGUAACACAUAUCGCCAGGCGGCAUAUGUGCCCGACGGGCCCCCUGGCAUGUCGCUGGGGAGUGCGACGGCGUGUGAACCUUUGGUGCACAUGGGACCAACUUGUGGGCGUCGUCGUUAGGAAGGAACGGUCUUGACGUGCAAAGAACAGCCGGGCAUGCUUUGCGCGCCUACGGGGUGCUGAGGCAUUCACUGAGACGUCCACCGUGCAAAGCGUGGGGCGCGUUACCAUAUGUCCCCAGGCCCCUGCAAAUCCUCAAACCAGUGCUCGUAUCUUGUAGAUGCCCCCAGGCACCCGGCAUCUACACAUGCGUAGAUGACCCUGACCGCGACAUCUACACUUAAGC